CAGCCCAGCAGAAAGAUGCAUCCCUCCUACCCCACUGACCACUGAGCCACUGCCUAGAUGACAGCCCCUACAUGUGCCUUCCCGGUUCUGCUCCGGCAGCCCUCCGUCAGUGGCCUCUCACAGGUCACCAGCAGCCUGUACAUCAGCAGCGGUGUGGCUGCCAACAACAAGCUCAUGCUGUCCAGCCACCAGAUCACCACAGUCAUCAACGUUUCGGUGGAGGUGGUGAACACCCGCUAUGAAGACAUCCAAUACCUGCAGGUACCAGUGGCUGAUGCCCCCACCUCACGUCUCUGUGACUUCUUUGACCCCAUCGCUGACCACAUCCACAGUGUGGAGAUGAAGCAGGGACGUACACUGCUGCAUUGCGCCGCUGGCGUGAGCCGCUCGGCUGCCCUUUGCCUUGCCUACCUCAUGAAAUACCAUGCCAUGUCCUUGCUGGAUGCCCACGUGUGGACCAAGUCAUGCCGGCCCAUCAUCCGACCCAACAAUGGCUUCUGGGAGCAGCUCAUCCACUAUGAGUUUCAGCUGUUUGGCAAGAACACCGUGCACAUGGUCAACUCCCCUAUGGGUAUGAUCCCUGAUGUGUAUGAGCAGGAGGUCCGUUUAAUGAUUCCACUUUGAGCCA